GGCCCGGAAAUACCACAAUCUUGCGAGUCACGCGCAGUGACAAGACAAGAGUGACUCCAUUCUCGGGCGCACAGCUACACUGACGGGCUAGACAACUGGAGAACGCAGAGUGUAGCGACCCUGCAACGUUUACAGGAGCGUGAACUGCAUUUGGGAGCAGCCGACAGAGACACGGAGUUCCAGUGAAGUAGAGCCUCGCAGACGGAACAAAAAGGAAGCGAGAUGGCCGCAUUUACGGUGACGGUGCGCGACUUCCCCGACCUCAAAGACCGCACGCGCAUCAUCCUUGAACAGCGGCCUCCCGAAGGGUCGCAGUGCCUGCGCUGCGGCGACCUCACAGGACUGGCGUGGCGGGCCGUGUGCGGUCACAGCUUUUGUAACGACUGCAAGGACGCCCUCUCGCGGGCGCACGUACUCACUUGCCCCGUGCACUUCGUGAAGACGCCUAAAGCCAUGCUCAAGCGGACGGACCAAGGUCUUCAGGAGACCAAGGAAUGUCAAGCAGGCUGUGCGUGGAACGGAUGCACCGAGUCGGGAAGCCUGCAGUCCAUCCUGAAACAUUGUGAAAAUUGCCCGAAGAAGCCUCGGAUGCGGCGGAACUACUCUUGGCAAUGCUUUGAAGAGGAGCUGGAGGAUAAUCUUCACUGUGGGCUUGUGAAGAUCAUCAAACCACCCUCUCCGUCGUCGUCUAAGAUUGAGGUGUCACAUCCCCUGGAAUUUCCUGUAGUGCAUCAGUGCCCCACCUUAUAGCCUCCCAGUCAACUUCCACUUAUUAUGUCCACCAUUACGUGCUCACUGCUUGCCCUUUCUGCUAUGCGUACACCAGUACCUAAGCUCCUUUUUGAACGAAGUGCUAGCAGCCUUCGAUAUUUUGCGGAAGAGCGAUGUGUGCUACGUGAUAGGUCACACGCUUUUACGCUCCGCAUUCUGCGUAUUCGCUUCUGUUUGCGCGUUGGUUUUGAACUCCCUCAGUGCUAACUUGACCUGAUGACACAAAAAAACUUGAGCGAGAGCACGCAGUAAGUAAAACGGUUUGGUGACGGACAAUUGCAGAGAUUGCAGAGACAUUUCUGCAGUUUCAGCACAAUGCAGAUUUGGAUGCUUUUAUCCGACUUUAUUUUAUUCCCGUGUGCCUAUUGGCAAAUCCUCCCAAAUAAAAAGAAAAUAUUAGACGUUAAAAAUUAAGAUUCCAUCAAAUGUACUCGUUUUUGCAUGAUCACGAAUUAUAGUCUACGUAACUAAUGUUCUGGAAUACUUAUUAUCACAGUGUCGUGACAAAUUGGCCAAAUCCACCACAGCCUCUCAUCACGAUCGUCAUUGCGAUAAUUUUUCGACGCCAUCUUCAUACGCUCAGCGCUUCCUUCAGCACCGUGGCAAACGCGUGUUGCUCCUGCCGAUCGCUGUGCUUAUCAUACAGAUUUUUAUUGAUAAU